GAUAAUUCAGUCCCACAGCCAACACUCGGAUUCGGAACCCAGCCAGAAUCCGCGCUCUCACUCUCAGGACAGCCGAGUCACGCAGAAUCUAGUCCAUCCCAGGCCAAGUUAGAAGCCGAGAUACAGGCCAUGAGGGCCGAUCUUCUUGUAGAUCCAACACUGCCCAAUAUCUUACCAACUGACUCCGUUCUUACAAUGAAUACCGAUGUAACAAAUAGUGAAGACAAUUAUAAUGAUGAUUCAGAUAACGAAGAUGAUGACGAUGAAAAUGAUGAAGAUGACGACGAAAGUGACGAAGAUGAUGACGGAAAUGAUGGAGAGGAUGACGAUACAAAUGAUGAAGAUGAUGACGAUACAAAUAACGAAGUUGAUGAUGAUGUAAACAAUGACGAUGAUGACGAUACAAAUGAUGACAAUGAUGACGAUACAAAUAACGAAGUUGAUGAUGAUGUAAACAAUGACGAUGAUGACGAUACAAAUGAUGACGAUGAUGACGAUACAAAUAACGAAGUUGAUGAUGAUGUAAACAAUGACGAUGAUGACGAUACAAAUGAUGACGAUACAAAUGAUGAAGAUGAUGACGAUACAAAUAACGAAGUUGAUGAUGUAAACAAUGACGAUGAUGACGAUACAAAUGAUGACGAUACAAAUGAUGAAGAUGAUGACGAUACAAAUAACGAAGUUGAUGAUGUAAACAAUGACGAUGAUGACGAUACAAAUGAUGACGAUACAAAUGAUGAAGAUGAUGACGAUACAAAUAACGAAGUUGAUGAUGAUGUAAACAAUGACGAUGAUGACGAUACAAAUGAUGAUACUGAUGGCGCAAAUGAUGAAGAUGGCGACGAUGUAGACGACAAUGAUGACAAUGCAGCUGAUGACGUUGAUAACGAGGACAGUUUCAAUACAAAUGAUGAAGAUGAUGAAGACGUCAAUGAUAAUGCCGAUGACUUUAACGGUGACAACGAUGUUGAAGAUGGUGACGAUUUAGCUGAAGACGUAGAUGAUAAUAAUGCAAAUGAUGAGGACGAAAAUGAUGUAACUGAUGAUGAGGAUGAAAAUGAUCAAAACAAUGACGACAUAGAAAACGAAGAUGAUGAUGAUGCAACUGACAAUGGUGAUAUAGAUAACGGUGACGAAGACGAUUCAGACAACAAUCAAUACGACGAUAUCGAAGAAGCUGAUACUGAUGCCGAUAAUGACAAUGAACAUGACGACAAUGAUGGAGAUGGAGAGGAAAUAGAACCUUUUGAUGAUAAAGAUGAAGAGAAUGAAGAGGAUGAAGAGGAGGUUGAAGAUGAUAUCGACGACUCUAUAGAAAAUGACAUUGAUGGCGAAUCAAUGACAGAUGACAGUGCUGAAGAAAACACCGCUUUUGUUGACGAUAGCAUAGACGACAGUAAUUAUGAUGACGGUUUAAUUUCUAUGGAACAAGAGAGCGAAGACGACGAUAAUGAAAAUCAAUCGAAUGAAAUCUCUGUGAACGGUGUCGAAGAUGAAGAUUUACAAUCAAAUGAGUUAAAUGAAUUAGACGACGCGGACGCGGACGCGGACGCGGACGUAGAUGAUGGCACCACAAGUGCGGAAUUAAUACCAGAGGAUACCGACGACAACGAUGAUGACGAUAUAUCAGAGGAUACCGACGACAAUGACGCUGACGAUGAUGAUAUACCAGAGGAUACCGUUGAUGACGACGAUGAUGAUGACGAUGAUGAUAUGCCAGAGGAUACCGUUGAUGACGACGA